AUGGACGAAAACAAGUUGUCGGCUUUAAAGAGGUGCUAUCCGACAUUCGUCCAAAGCCUGAACACCACCGAAAUUCUUGAUCAUCUUAUUGGUGGAGAGCACAUCUCCCGGGAUGAGUAUGAAAGGAUAACAACGAAGGUUACUCCCAUGGACAGGGCGCGAGCUUUCCUGGAAUUUUUAUUUGGAAAGUCGAAUGAGGCUUUUAAGUGCUUUCAAGAUGCUCUUUUACAAGAGCAGCCUUUUUUAGCCAAAACUUUAGAAGAACAACUCGAGAAGGUGUCAUUUUCAAAAAAUCGUCAGUUGAGUUUAACAGAUAUUCACCAAACUCUGCUGCGCGGUGCUGUCCCUGAUAGACCGACGGCUUAUAUUAAUCGACCACAGACGAUCGCUAAGCUUACUGACGGGUUUCGAUGGUUGGGUGGCAAAUUUCGGCCCAUCCCCUUGCUCGCACGUCAGGAUGGUUCACUGGACAACGAUACAACUUCUCAUUCCGACAUCCCUACUAAUGCUUGGUUCCUUGUUUACGGUCCACCCGGACAGGGAAAGUCCGUAAUGACUGCCGCUGUACUGCGGCAGAAUCGUCAACUACUAACUGAUACAUUCGCGGGAGGUGUUGUGUGGUUGCGAGUUGGGGAGAAGAGGGGAGUUGAGCAAAAUCAACAGGUGAUCGAUGUGCUUUCUGCCUUGAUCGAACAUGUGGAUUCUCUGCCUUCUCAGAGUAGGUGCAUAAGGCAGGGCAGUGAGGAUAAGAGGGAUGAGCCCUAUCGAAGCUGCGAAGGAGAUGUAAACAAGAUGACAUCAUUACUACACAAAUUGUUGAUAGCGCGCCAGUAUCGAAGUUCAGGGGUGCUCGAUACACACUCCGUUUCCCCUGCCUCCCUCCUACUCAUUGUCCUUGACGAUGUCUGGGACGAUUGUGUUGUCAGUGCUCUUGGUUCUCUCCCCGCCGCCUUUGUUGUCACCUCACGAGACAUGAGCAUACUUCAGCGUGUCCUCACUCCAGUCAAAAUGGAAAGCGUAGAGGCAGACAUGGACGAUGGCGAGGUUGCAAGUCUCUUGGCUACGCGUGCGUCGAUUUCGCGUGAGUACCUUGCAAAUACGGGAUUGUACGCAGAAUUGCCGGCAUUGUGUCGUGGCUCGCCUCUCGCCGCCUCCUUGCUGGGCGGCCUUCUCGCUUCCCCUACCUUCGAGCUGGCUCGUUAUCUUGGCCCACGCGGCUUUCGUAGUGCUACUGACGACGUCAUCAUUGAUUGGUCAAAGGUUCACUUCCCUUCCUGGUACACAUACGAAUCUCUCGAUGAGGCUGUCUCUGCAAGUCUCAACCGUCUUUCGAAAGUUGAAUUGGAGCGGUAUCGCCAAUUUGUGGUAUUUGAGGAUGACUGCUCUCUUACAGAGGACUGCAGACGAGAUGAUGGAAGUGGACGUAAUUUCUUCUCUGUUCCGAACCUGCAGUUAGACCUCCUUCGAACCACCGUUCCUACCAGGCAGCAGCAGAUCUGCCACUGUCAAUUCGUGGACAAUUACAAGACUCGUUUUGGAGGUCAGUGGAACCAACUGGCCGACUUCAAGUUGAUCCACACCUAUUUUUGUCGCUCAGUAGGGGAGCACAUGCUCAAGGCGGGACGGUUGAAUGGUCUUAUUGACCUCUUGACCGAUCUGCAGUUCAUUUGCGCCCGUCUUCUCGUUCUCGGCUCCUCCGCUGUCCUUGCUGACUUCCGGCGCUAUCGACCGGUCUUUCAAAGAGUUGGUCGUAUCAAUGAUUGGCACAUGUACCUUCACUUCCUUCAAACUACGGCCUAUCAGUUAAUAAACCCGGACAGACUGGUGCGUGAGUUGCAUCGACGCGCACGCUCACCGACACGUCCGGGGUCUCUGUGUGACGUGGGCGGUGGCGGCAGUGGUGGUAGUAGUAGUAGUGGAGGCGGAGGGCGGCAUAGCGCAAUGCAGACCAUGACUCCAGACGCGUUUGGGAUGGAAGGUGGUGUUUCAGGCGGUGGGUCUGGAGGCAGCUGUGGUAGCCACUAUCAUUUCUACCAUCACAGCUCGCCCUCGCCCCCUACUUUCCGUCGCAAUGACACCGUGGACCGCCAGCGCUGCGUCACUCGCCUUCCGCACAAGGACCUCAUGGUCAAGGGCCUCGAUCUCCUCCAACUUGGCCUCAUGUUUCCUCGUGAUAAUGCCGUCUUCCAGCAAUCCCUCAAUAUUCUUAAAGCCGUUGAUGCUGCUGCCUCCAAAGCUAGUAUCAUCCCACCUCCAAAGUACUAUUGGUAUUGGAGGUAG